AUGGCUGUAACUUGUUCUGACAUCUUCAAGAUCAUUCUUGCUAUUAUUUUACCACCUCUUGGUGUAUUCCUCGAAAGAGGUUGUCAUGUUGAUUUGCUUAUCAACAUCUGUUUGACCAUUCUUGGUUAUAUUCCUGGUAUUAUACAUGCUCUCUAUAUCAUAUUCAAGUAUUAG